UUAGUCUCUUCUCGUAGAAUUAUCGAUACCGAAAACUUCGCAGAAGAAAAAGAUCAAGAACUCACACGAAUUAAGAGAGAAAAUCAGAAUCUCUCAUGAUUCCUUAUCAACCAAAAACAAAGAUUUCUAAGGGUCAAGCGUUUAAUAGAUGGCAGAACAACACGAAAAGAAAAAAUGGUGUAUCCUCAUGUGCGUUGAAACUUAAAUCAUAGACGAAAAGGAAACGAUACAAAGUUAUAAGGCAUCAUGAAAAACAAUAGAAAGGCUGGGACGGAGGACUCCGCGAAAUGGAUGUUAGAGAGCGUCGAGAUAGAUCCAAGUGGUGGGGGUUCGGUGAAACAACCGGAAAACAUAACCAAUAACAAUAAUCCCGAGAGUAGUACCGGUAGUGGUAAUGGUGGUGGGAUCUUGAGGAAUAUGUCUAAGAAUCUCGGGGUGGGAUCAAUGAUCAGAUCUAUGAGCGUGUCGAAAUGGAGAAAGAGCGGGAAUCUCGGAUCCCCGAGCAGGAGAAAGAGUGGAAACUUGGGGCCUCCGCUACCUGUGGCCCAAGAAAAAAGACCAGGGCCACAAAGAGUUGAGAGGACUACAUCUAGCGCGGCUAGGGGACUACAAAGUCUCCGGUUCCUUGAUCGGACGGUCACUGGACGGGAACGAGAUUCAUGGAGAUCGAUCGAGAACCGGUUUAAUCAAUUCGCCGUUGACGGGCGGCUUCCCAAGGAAAAAUUCGGCGUUUGCAUUGGAAUGGGAGAUUCAUUGGAGUUUGCGGCAGAAGUAUACGAAGCAUUGGGUAGGAGAAGACAAAUAGACACAGAAAAUGGGAUUGACAAGGAACAACUCAAGCUUUUUUGGGAAGACAUGAUCAAGAAAGAUCUCGACUGUCGCCUCCAGAUCUUCUUCGACAUGUGUGACAAGGACGGAGACGGGAAGUUAACAGAAGAUGAGGUUAAAGAGGUUAUAGUCUUGAGUGCAUCCGCGAACAAGCUUGGGAAUCUUAAGAAGAAUGCAGCGUCUUAUGCUUCGCUGAUCAUGGAAGAACUUGACCCGGACCAAAACGGUUACAUUGAGAUGUGGCAACUCGAGGUGUUAUUAACAGGAAUGGUAUCAAACGCUGACUCAAAAAAGAUCGUGAGGAAUUCGCAACAGCUAACGCGAGCCAUGAUCCCAAAACGUUACAGAACAUCGACUAGUAAAUACGUUUCAGUAACCGCAGAGCUAAUGUACGAGAACUGGAAGAAGAUAUGGGUCGUCACAUUGUGGCUCGCAGUAAACAUCUUCCUCUUCACGUGGAAAUACAAUGACUUCACUACAAGCCCUCUUUACAACAUCACCGGCCGCUGCGUUUGCGCCGCCAAAGGAACGGCCGAAAUACUGAAACUAAACAUGGCUUUGAUCUUGGUCCCUGUUUUAAGAAGAACCCUAACGUUCCUCAGAUCAACUUUCUUGAGUCACCUGAUCCCAUUCGACGAUAACAUCAACUUCCACAAGCUGGUAGCGUUGGCGAUAGCGGUUAUUUCCUUGCUCCACACGGCACUACAUUUGCUUUGCAAUUACCCGAGGCUAAGCACUUGCCCUCAUGAUUUGUACUCGAACUACGCGGGAAAUCUCUUGGGGGUCAAGCAACCUACCUAUUUAGGUCUAAUGCUGACCCCGGUUUCGGUCACAGGAGUUCUAAUGAUCGUCAUUAUGGGUAUCUCAUUCACGCUUGCUAUGCAUUACUUCAGAAGGAACAUAGUGAAACUGCGUAAACCAUUUAACCGUCUAGCUGGAUUUAAUUCGUUUUGGUAUGCUCACCAUUUGCUGGUUAUUGCUUAUGCUCUUCUUAUCAUCCAUGGUUACAUUCUUAUCAUCGAGAAGCCUUGGUACCAAAAGACGACAUGGAUGUACGUGGCCGUGCCAAUGGUUCUGUACGCGGGCGAGAGGCUCUUCUCACGAGUUCAAGAACACAACCAUCGUGUCCACAUUAUCAAGGCAAUUGUAUAUUCAGGCAAUGUUCUUGCACUCUAUAUGACAAAACCUCAAGGGUUAAAGUACAAAAGUGGUAUGUAUAUGUUUGUCAAGUGCCCUGAUAUCUCCAAAUUCGAAUGGCAUCCAUUCUCCGUCACUUCUGCACCCGGAGAUGAAUACUUGAGCGUUCACAUAAGAGCAUUAGGAGAUUGGACCUCUGAACUUAGGAACAGAUUUGCAGAAACAUGUGAGCCUCAUCAAUCAUCCAAACCUAGUCCAAAUAAUCUUAUUCGAAUGGAAACAAGAGCAAGAGGUGCAAAUCCUCUCAUUGAAGAAUCACAAGUCUUAUUUCCAAGAAUUUUUAUCAAGGGACCGUAUGGGGCUCCGGCACAAAACUAUCAGAAGUACGAUAUUCUUUUGUUAAUCGGGCUAGGGAUCGGGGCGACCCCAUUUAUAAGUAUCCUAAAAGACAUGUUGAACAAUCUCAAACCUCCAAAACCUGGGCAAAAGCAUGAAGGAAGUGUAGGAGGUGAAAGCGUAGGAGGUGCAAGCAUUGGAGGCGCAAGCAUAGGAGGUGCAAGCGUAGGAGGAGGUAGUGUAGGAGGAGGUAGUGUAAGUGGAGGUAAGAAGUUUCCACAAAGAGCAUAUUUUUAUUGGGUGACAAGAGAGCAAGCUUCUUUCGAAUGGUUCAAGGGAGUUAUGGAUGAUAUUGCAGUGUAUGACAAAACCAACGUGAUAGAGAUGCAUAACUACUUAACAAGUAUGUACGAAGCAGGAGAUGCAAGAUCUGCUCUAAUCGCUAUGGUCCAGAAACUUCAACAUGCCAAAAACGGUGUUGAUAUCGUCUCCGAGAGCCGAAUACGAACCCAUUUUGCAAGACCUAAUUGGAGGAAGGUUUUUUCUGAAUUGUCAAGCAAGCAUGAAACUUCUCGCAUAGGUGUGUUCUAUUGUGGAAGUCCAACGCUUGUUCGACCACUAAAUUCACUUUGUCAAGAGUUCAGUCUGGAGUCGUCCACCCGAUUUACUUUCCACAAAGAGAAUUUCUAACUUUUUUUUUGUUUCUUUUCAUAAAAUUGUUUGUAAUAUAUUGGUUAUUAUUGAAACAAGAAUUUUUGAGUUGAGUUAUCUCACUUAGACUUAAGGACAG